AUGGCACCUAAAGAUUACAACCACGGCGUCCCUGGCCUCCCCUAUUUUACCCCCAAGCACCUUACAAGUCCAGGCUCGAUUGUACCCAACAGCAAGCAACAUGUCCCGGUUCCCACUCUCUUCACGCCUCUCACCAUUCGUGGAACUACACUGCGAAACCGCAUCCUCGUCGCGCCCAUGUGCCAGUACAGCACCGCGUCUGAAGGUCCUUCUGUGGGCGCGUUGACCGACUACCACAUCGCCACUCUGGGUCACUACGCACUCAAAGGUGCCAGCCUGGUAAUGGUAGAAGCCACAGGCGUCCAACCCAACGGACGCAUUACUCCAAACUGCCCUGGCCUCUGGACCGACGCGCAGAUUCCCGCAUUACGCAGAGUCUCUGAUUUCAUCAAGAGCCAGGGCGCUCUAUCCGGUCUCCAGCUAGCGCACGCAGGUAGAAAAGCCAGCACCUCGGAACUGGAGCGUUUGGUUCAGGACUGGGCCGAGGCAGCCCAAAGGGGUGUAAAGGCCGGCGUUGACAUGAUUGAGAUACACGCUGCACAUGGCUACCUCAUCCAUGAGUUUCUCUCACCAGUCACCAACCAGCGAACCGACAAAUACGGCGGCUCAUUUGAGAACCGGACACGCCUUCUGAUUGAGAUCAUCAAGGCUAUUCGUGCCGUCAUCCCAGACACGAUGCCCCUGUACCUCCGCAUCAGCGCGACCGACUGGUUGGAAGAAACGGAGCUGGGCAAGAAGUACGGCAGCUGGGACGUGGAAAGCUCGAUCCGGCUCGCGAAGCUGCUGCCCGUUCUAGGUGUGGAUCUACUGGAUGUAAGCAGUGGGGGAAACCACCCUGAGCAACGCAUCAGCACGUAUGACUCCAAAGACUAUCAGACCAAGAUUGCGGCUCAGAUCCGCCGCGAGCUCAAGAAGGAAAAUCUCAACAUGUUUAUCGGGGCCGUGGGCCUCAUCAUUGCAGCAGAGCAGGCCAGAGACAUUGUCGAGGAUGGAGCCGCCCUCUCCAAGAACAGCAUUGCGGAACUCGCAAGCGAGGCUCAGGCUGCUGUCAAACUCACAGAGGGGAAAGAGCCACUGGCUGAUGUGGUGCUUGUUGGUAGACAGUUUAUGAGGGAGCCGGAGUGGGUGUUGCGCGUCGCGUGGCAGUUGGGGCUGGAUGUUGGGUGGUCGAACCAAUUUUUGAGGGUGCGUUUUCCCAAGUUGUGAGAUAGUGGCUACUUGAUGUGUCAUUUGCAUGCGUGUUUGCCG